AUGGCGCUGUUCAAUCCUACCUUCAUCUUCGGCUGGGUCGUCCUCCUUUACCUCUCGUCGUUCGUUCUCUUCGCGAUACUUCGAAUACUCACGGGGAUAUCCAUCCAGCGCAUUGGCUACUUCUCCGUGAGAAGAGUGGCUUACGUCCCCCGAGAUGGCUUCAAAAUCGAAAUCCGUGGCCUGGGACUCAAUGUCCACCGGCCCACCUUUGCACAACCGACCUGGCUGAGCAUCGUCAUCGACGAACUGGUCGUCACAGUGGACUAUCGGGAGCUGGAAGGAGUGAAGGCCACAGCAGGUGGAUCCGAUGAUGGAGAUUCGCAGGACGGCAAGGACACCACCCCGCCGAGCACGCCUUCACGGGCCUCCUCGACACGCCGCUCCCAGGCCGUCCCCGCGCGAAGCGAAACGUGGAAGCAGCUCACGAGGCUGAAGGAUAGAUUCAAGCGCCUCCAUCGCAAUAUCAACUGGUUGCGCAUGGUUGACGUCGUCGCGACAAACUCAACUCUGAACGUCGUGGAUGUGGGCAGUAUUCAGGUUGGAAGCUUCACAGUCGGCGUGGACACUCGACGAAAAAUGGUAGAUCGUGCUCGGUUCUUCUUCCAAGGCAAGAGCGAAAAGAGACGUGAACAACAGCAGGCAGAGUGGAUCCUGACGCUGAAGAGCGUCCUCUUCACGGUUGAUCAACACGAGUCUAUGGAGGUGCUUGAGAGCGCGACCAUCAACAUUCACGGUUACCUCUAUGAAGCUCUUGACGGGUUGCGGGAUGCUGCGGUUGCGGUCAAGGUCGGCCGCGUUCAUCUUCCCCUAGAUGAUAUCAAGCUAUGGGGCGAUCUUCACAAGCUCUGCCGGCGGCAGGCUGUGUCGGCAGCCAAUGAGGAAGAAUUCGAGGACAUCUCAGUGGACCAGGUCAUACAGGAGCUCGACACCCCAGGGAGUACCAAUGACGGUCUCGUCCAAACCGUGUCAGACUCGAAAGAGUUCAUAAGCUCCAUUCUGAGGGGCGUGAAAGAAGUGCAAUUUGCCGUCAGCUAUGUCGGAUUGACCAAGAAGGUUGAGGCCGUCAAGACGGCAGGGGGUACACCUGUCCUGCUACAUGCCUCGAUGAAGGAGUUAGGGAUCGACCUACAUCGCCUUGACCCCAAGUCUCCUGCACACAGGAUGUAUUUCCCUUCGAAAGAUAUCGCCCACGAAGCGCUUGCAGCCGCCCUGUCGAUUUCAAUUGGCAUCGAUGACGGCCAUGGCAAACCGCAACGGAUUAUGUACAUUCCUAUGGCCACAACGACCGUCAAGACCACCCUGCCAUCGAAAACCGUCGAGAUCGCCCGCGAGCGGAGUGCCGACGAGAAGAAUGCGAAUAUACUCUUCGCAAACUCGGUUGUCACAUCUCCAUCUAUUGACCUGGACCCAAAACACCUUCCCCUCGUCCUCGCCAUUCUCCGACCUAAGCCAAAGGCCCGCAAAUCACAACCGGAAGGCCGUCAUGUCUUGAUCUCGCGUCUGCUUCCCAAGGCCAACAUCAAAUUCACAAUGCAUGAGCCGGUAAUCCGCGUUGCCUUGCCUCCUGUGCAAGAAACGGGCGACCCGGAUGAUUUUGAUCUUAUCAUUUCAUCGAUAUCUUCUGUAUCGCUCGAUGUAGAGUCAUUCCACUCAGCUAUCGAAGAUCUUCACUAUUCGCUGGCUUCGACCGUGAGAGUACAGUCUCAUAAUUUGUAUUAUCACACAUCUGGCGGAGCACGUUUCGAUUUACUCGAAACCGAGUCAUUCGAGCUGAAGGUGCAGCUAAGCGCUACACCGGAGGUGCACGUUAUGGCUACGGGCACUUUGCAGACUUUCUCAAUCAAGAUGGUGCGGCCAGAGAUCAGCGAUGGCCUGCGGCAGAUUGUUCGACAAUUACGGCUCAACGUUGAGCCCGAUAAACGUGCCGUAUCGAAGAUUGCGAAGCAUCCGAAUUUUCUCCGUGCGAUGCCUGAUUGGCUUCUUCAUUUCCACCUGCAAGCCUCGGAAUUCAGCUUGGAGGUUGCUGGUGUUGAUGAUGACAUAUCUGAUGACACCAGAGGAGUGGCUGUCCAGUUGGACUCUUGGUCGGCCGAGUAUAGGGCACAGAGGCUCGACCGUGCCAAAGGACGACCAAAUCGCAAACGAGCCAGCAGCCGCACGAUGUUGUCCCCUGAUAACGAACUUCUCAAGUCCGUCCCGGUCUCGCCGCGGAAGAAACACCAUCAUGACGGUGAUGGUCGGCGCAUCGCGAUCCACGGACGACUCCUUGAGGCAUUUGUCGUUGAGUCCUCGGAGAGAUGGGAAAUCGAGCCCUUUGUAAACGUACCCAGGUUUGAGGUCGCCUUUUCCACAUUGAGUGACCAUCAAGGGCCGAUGUUCCAUAUCAAUUCGCAUGUCCGCACCCUGCUCUUACAUUACUCCCUUUACCGCCAUUAUGCUGUGGGAGUUGCGACUAUGGUCCUACGCAAGGCCUUCAUGCGAACAAGCAAGGACACAGCCAACCCAAGAGGCACACCGCCUCCACCAGCAGUGCACGAGGUCGAUCUAUUGAGCCCUCCACAGUCGCCCGAUCCGUUCAGAAGUCAACAUCAUCAUGACAGCUCGAACCCCGCCCGAGAAUUCGUCACUGUUGACGUCAAGGCUGCCUUGGUUCAGAUCAAAGCGGAUAUGCCGAAUGAUCCUCCCAUGAUGCUCCAACUCUACAACUUGGAAGCGGGCCGUCAUCGGUGGUCACCGCCCUUUUUCCAGUCUAAACUCAUACGCCUUUAUGCCGAGGCCCCGCGGAUGCGCAGUGUUUGGGCCCGGAUUAUCAGCAUCAAGAACGGAAGGCUGGAAUACCGAGAGUCUCGCAAACGCACCGCGGUUGGUGGCCUUCACGAGGAUCGGGUCGUCGACAUUGUGACAGAUGCAAUCAGAGCAGCUGUGCCUCAUGAGCUUGUCUUCCAUAAAAUUACCGACAACUUCAUCAACGUCUUCAAGUCUGUUCAGCAACUCCAUCACCGCUUCAAGACGGGGACGAACGAAUACAUCCUAGAGAAAGGCCCUGAAGGGCCAAAGCACAUCCCCAAAAUCUCAUUGCGCAGCAAGACCUUCCUGUUCGAAUUGGAAGAUGGUGCUUUCGAAUGGAAGCUUGGCAUGAUAUAUCGUGCUGGGCGAGUGGAGCAAAUGCAAAGGCUGGCUCGUGAAGAGGCCUUCCGAGUCAAAGUCAAGAAGAUUCAUGAGCAAGAAGCUCGCAAGGACGGCAGCAGGUAUCGCAACCGUUCUUUGAUGACGCGUGGGCGGUCUGCUCACUCAGGUCAUGCGUGGGGCCGCAGCCAUAGUGAGGACAGUCGGCCACGAUCCAGCACUGAAGGCCAUGUCCGAGGCCGAACACCCAGAUAUGAUCCGGACGGUGGCUCUCAAGGCAUGACAGGGACAUCACAUGUGUCCAUUGCCGAGGCGCGGUACAAACUCAACCUACACAAUGCUGAAAGCUGGAAGAAACGGAUCGACCGUCAUUACAUGAUGGCGCGUAAUGGCAUGUCCGCCAUCCGUGAUCUUUUCUUUGGCCACGACCAAUUACCAGACGAUGUCGAAGAUCAAGAAAACAUUCUUGAGAUUCCCCCCCGUCCUGCACUUAUGUCCGCCCUUAUCAACUCGCUUCACUUCACGAUUGAUAAACCCAGCUUUGCCAUGAAAGAACUCCCUGAGUUCCUUCACAAGGUUGGCAAGGGCAUGCCAAAGGACAUGCAGUACAGCCUUCUCAUUCCGAUGCAUGUGCAGAUUGAGAUGGGUGAGGCCAAGCUGUCGCUGCGUGACUAUCCCCUGCCUCUGCUUCACGUCCCAGGCAUGAAAUCCGGACAGCCGUCACGACUACCAUCACUGUCCCUCAAGACCAACUUUGUGAUCGCCGAGGAGUUCCGAGGACCAGAAUCGACGAGGAAAGUCAGGGUCAAUAUAAUUCCCCCAAGAAGUCUGGAACCAGGAUGCUCAAACGAGGGCAGUUUCGCCAUCGACGUACGCAGGACUGUCGGCGCGGUAAAGUCUUUCUCCGACAUGUAUAUCGACAUCAACACUGCCUUACCCACACGCAUCACCUGGGGUCCAUCAUAUCAGCCAGCUGUCCAAGACAUGAUGAUGGUCAUAGAAUCUUUUACAAAGCCCCAGAUAGACAUCUCCGAUCGUGUCGGAUUCUGGGACAAGAUACGCCUCAACUUCCAUUCUCGAGUUCGGGUGGCUUGGAAGGGAGAUGGAGAUGUCCACCUAGCACUCAAGGGAACCCGUGACCCGUACCAGGUUACUGGGAAUGGUGCUGGCUUUCUCAUGUGCUGGAGGAAUGAUGUUCGGUGGAACAUUCACGUCGAUGACGAUCCCAAGCGUUUCAUGACUGUAGACAGCGGCGAAUAUGUACUGGCAGUUCCCGACUACAGUCACCACGCUCGGGAGGUUGAUCGGAGCACGGGAGACGAUGAGACCAAGAGCGACAAUUCCCACAAGUCCUCGGCAGCCUUCAAAAAGGUCGUUAUGAAACUAUCUGGCAAAGUUCAAUGGCUGGCUGGCUUAGUCUUUGAGCGAGCUAUCGAGAGCGGCAAGCGAAACUUUGAGUUCACGCCGCACUACGAUGUCGUCCUGAAAAUGCCUGCGUACGCAAAGACUGAGGAUGGCUCGAAAUAUGACGCUUUCCGAGGCUUUAGAAGCCAACACAUCCACAUGUCAGUUGCGGUUCGGGCACCGGUAGACCGCGACUGGACCUCGUCGAACCCUGAACCAUCACGAAGUUACAACACUGUACAUCUCACGCCUCGUUUCUUCACACACUUCUUCGCUUGGUGGUCGCUCUUUGGAGGACCUCUGUCGUUGCCCAUCCGACAAGGCAAUCUAUGGCCCGGCCGAGAGAAGAACAGCAAGAAAUUUGGAAGACAUCUUGCAACGAUCAAGUAUAAUCUCCUUCUGGCGCCUCUCUUCCUCAGUCAUAUCUACAAACACAAAGAUGUGGAAGAUUACUCAGAAGACGCUGUCUCGGCCACGGGCAUCAAAGUCAGGUUCGACAGCUUCAUGCUCGAUCUCCAUCAAAGGAGGGAGGAGUUCAAUCUCCGUGACCGUGGUCGCAAAAAUCAGUCGAGGACGACUGGUAUGAAAAUACAUGCUGGCCAACUUGAUCUAGUGUCCGCUGAUGUCAGAGCGGUGUCGGCUAGUAUCAAGGGCACGUCAUCAGAGGCCCUCCGAAAACACUCUGUCGAGACUUUCAUCACUCAGCAGGCCGAGGAUGGCACUGACCUGUCACGCUUCACCAUCCCCGACAACGAUUUCACGUGGAUUGAUAUGGACGACUUUGUUGAGUUGGAUUGGAUCCUACCCACAGAACCCAACCCAGAUACCCAAAUUCUCCCACUGGCCUAUGCCCCUAGGGUCACAUACUUCCGCCAGACUGAUAUUGAUGGAGUUAUUGAUGGAGAUCCGGACAGGACAAGUCCUUUCGGGGACGAACCGACCCACUUCUGUAUCAUGAGGCACGAGUUUGACCCAAGACGAGUUCAGAAUGAGCUCAUUCAGAAACGUCUGGAUCAGCUCAGAACUCAGAUGGAGGCCCAUACGCGGAAUCUUGGAGAGGCGGAGCUUCGCAUGGUCCGAGACGACUACAGAGACCCCACUUUGAAGACCGAUUUCGAUGCUCUAUCGAAACAUAGCACGGUGCUCCAGGACAAGAAGGCAUUCUUGGAACAAAUGAGCCAGGAAAUGGAAGCACAGAUCGCCUACGACUCCCACCGUCGCGCCAGUGAAGCGGGCAGGAAAGAGCCAGCCUCCGACACCUCUGUGAACAUUGACGAAGGUCAGGUCUCCAUCCCCGCUGGAGCGGAGUUUGUCAGUGACUUCAAAAAUCGCUUCGUUGUUCACAACAUCCAUCUCAAAUGGAACAAUCUACUUCGAAACAUCAUCUUGCGAUAUACCCACCAAGUCAGCCAGAGGCGAGGUUUCGUGUACUACCUCUCUCGCCCAGCAGUCAAGUUUAUCCUCGAUAUUGUCGAGGAGCAGGCUCGCUCGAAGGCUGCUCGUGCUACAAACGGGGCAUCUUCUGCUACUGGCGGCAGCGCUGCCACGCAGACACCUGACAACAACCAUCUCGAUAGGGAGACCACCAAAGACAUUGAGGAUAGAAUCCGCAAGAUCUUGCAAGAUGGCAAAAAAUACGUCAAUGCAGAUGAUUCGAGCGACCCUGACAGCCCGCAGAACAUCUCUAUGGAAGACUUAACGAGCGGCAUUGCGGAUGGCUUCACACCCCAGAACAGCUACCAUGUGCGACUGAUCGCCCCGCAGAUCCAACUGCAGAGUGAGAAGAACAAGAAACAUGUUGUUCUGCUUACAUCGAAGGGCAUGGAGCUCAAGGUCGUUGAGGUUGUCGAUAAGGAGCGGAUAUCUGACAACGUCAGCGGACUUGUCCAGCGUCGAUUCCUUGUCAACAUGGACAGCACGCAGUUUUUCGUGACCCAUCAAAAGUGGUUCUCGACACAGCUGUUCUCCAUGUACUCGGGCAGUACAUAUGGAUCGCCCUUGGGAUCGUCUUGGCCUCCUUGGGUACCAACCGAGGUGAUGUUCGACUUCCAGACCGAUCCGUUUGGAUUCAAGAGGGUCGUGCAAAAGACCUCGGCCAUGCUGCGCUACGAGAAGUACAACACGCUUCGUUUGAAGUAUGACGACGAAGUGAACACCGGUGAAGGUCCAACAGCCAGCAAUCUCGAGAACGGAGAGAACAAGAUGGACAAUCUAUGGGUCGAGUUCCCUCAAGCACGAGCCCUUUGCAAUUCGUCUCAGUACUACGCCAUCUACGUCAUCGUGCUGGACCUUCUUUUGUACAGCGAACCCUUGGAGAAGACCCGGUCCGAGCGGCUGGAAAAGAUCAUGCUGGCCUCUGACUUUAGCGAUCUUCGUGGCGCCCCUGAGAUGGUGACACGGCUGCAAGAACGCAUUCGCCAGCUGGAAGACAUCAAGAACCACUUCCAGAUCCACUCCAAAUAUCUGGACAAGAAAGGCUGGCAAGACCGGCUGCUGCUGGAGCGAGAUCUGUCCGCCUGCGAGGAUGAGCUGUUCUUUAUGAUGAAGGCCAUCACAACCUCCCAGGGCAGGCAUGAUUCAGCGCAGAGCAAUGCGUUGCUGAAGUGGAGCAUCACGGCGAAAGAGAUUGUCUGGCAGUUGAUGCGCGACAAUAACGAACCCCUUGUCGAACUGCAGCUCAAAGAUAUGGAAUAUGACCGCACGGACAAUUCAGACGGUUCGCACAUCAACCUAUUCCGCGUUGGCAAGGUUCUCGGAUUGAACCUGCUCAAUGACGCCAUCUACCCGCAAAUGAUCGCACCGUACAUUGACGAGAGAUCACCUGCUGAUCUCGACACGCGCCCCAUGAUUUCGAUUUACUGGAACAUGCUGGAAGCCAUCGCGGGGAUUCCCGUCAUGGACCAUUUCGAGGUUAGCCUUGUCCCACUGAAGAUACAGUUGGAGCGAGAGGUUGGCAAGCGGCUGUUUGAGUAUAUCUUCCCCGGCAUGGAAGGCGACAAGACGGGUAAUGGGAGAGAUGAUUCCCCAUUCAUCGUCAAGCCAAUGGAUGACGAUGAUGGGGACGAUGACACGACAAAUGCGUCCAUGGGUCGCGUUGCGAUGGGUGGUUCAGAGCAAGAUCUCGAAGCGGGCAACUUCAUGACCCGGGCCGGAUCUCUUGAGCUGCGUCUACGGCCAACUCUUACAUCUAACCCUCAGACCAUUCCCAUCAAGCAGAAGGCCCUGAGUAUCCAUUCCACAGAAGGGCACUCAUUCCGGUUCUUCCGUUCGGCGACCGGCUCGAAGAGUCUGGGCAAGAAGGCAUCGCAAGACUCUCUGCGAGCUGGAGGCACUCCUCGACCGGGUGUGCCCCGCUCGUCGACUGGCUUCUCGUCCAGGGAUGCAAGCUCUACCAACAGCGAUUCCAAGAAGGUCUCGCGCUUCUUGCGCAGCAAGGGCAACGAUGACAAAGAUGACAAGCCCUCGGAUGACCUGACGAAGAUGAUCACGCGGGCGAGCAACUACAUGACUUUCUCCCACAUCAAGAUGGGAUCGGUCGUGCUCUGCCUCAGCUACAAGGGCAAGGGUGACCGCAGCAUUGUAGAUGUGCACGACUUUGUGUUCCGCCUGCCGUCCAUCGAGUACCGGAACAAGACAUGGUCCAACCUCGAUCUUGCCCUCGCGUUCAAGAGCAGGGUCAUCAAAGCCCUCAUCUCGCAUACCGGCGCCAUCAUUGGCAACAAGUUCUCCAAGCACAGGCCCAACACGGCGCAGCAGUCCAAACUGCGGGAACUGGCCACCAGCUCCAUGCUCCUGGCGACGCCUUCUAUGUCUGAGUCGAGAGAGAAUAGCGGCGACGACUCGUCCUCCAUUUUUGGCACGUCCCCCGUAGACUUUUCCCGCUCGCCCCCGCGGUCUCUGCACGGCUCGCAGUCGUCGAUUCCACGGCCUAGCUCGAUUAGUAGGAGCUCGAGUGUCGCGUCUAGUCGGUCGCACCGCAGCGCCCUGCCACCGAGCAGCAACAACAACGGCGGCGGCGGCGGCGGCGUUCCCAAAUUCCUGAUGAUGACGCCUCCUGGUGGCCAUGACAACGGCAAGAGGCGCCCAAGCGAUCAGCUCCGCCCUGCAAGCAGCAGCAGCAGCAGCGUGAACCAAUACAGCGUCACCAUCUCGGGCGGCUCGCACAACGAGCAGAACGAGCGCCGCAAGUCGACGAUUGGCGGCAUGCGCGAGAAGCUGAGCGCGUUCACGUCGCGGCUCAAGGACCGCGAGCCGUCCAACUCGGGGUCCGGGUCGGGCGGCUCCAGCAGCCAGACCGUCGGCACGCCCGGGGCCGGGCAGCUGUUGGCCGAGACGAGGAGUCUCCGCCGGGCGGCUACCAGCAAGCCCAGCACGCCCGACAUCCAAGAGGGCGAGAGCGGGGGCGGCGACGACGACGAUGACGACAGCUUCCUCCGCGAGGAGGAGCUGACGCCGAUCAACAGAGACAGAGACAGGAGCUCGGAUUUCGUCAAGAAGCUGAGCAAGAGCGCGAGGAUGAAGACGGGCUGA